AUCCUGUUCGCCGACAUCGUGGGGUUCACGCAGCUCUCGUCGUCCUGCAGCGCCCAACAACUCGUCAAGCUCCUCAACGAGCUCUUCGCCCGCUUCGACAAGCUGGCGGCCAAACACCACCAGCUGCGGAUCAAGAUCCUGGGAGACUGCUACUACUGCAUCUGCGGGCUGCCGGAAUUCCGGGAAGACCACGCCGUGUGCUCCAUCAUGAUGGGGCUGGCCAUGGUGGAGGCCAUCUCGUCUGUCCGCGCUCGGACGCGGACGGCGGUGGACAUGCGGGUCGGGGUGCACAGCGGGACGGUGCUGGGGGGGGUGCUGGGCCAGAAGCGUUGGCAGUACGACGUCUGGUCCACCGACGUCACCGUCGCCAACAAAAUGGAGGCCGGCGGCAUUCCCGGGCGGGUGCACAUCUCCCAGCGCACCCUGGACUGCCUGCGGGGCGAGUUCGAGGUGGAGCCGGGCGAGGGCGGGUCCCGCUGCGAGUACCUGCGGGACAAGGGCAUCGUCACCUACCUGGUGGUGGUGCCCCGGCAGCCCCUGCGCGGCGGCAUCAACGGCGUGAAGCUGUCCCUGAGCUCGUCCCACGGCGCGUCCCCACCCUCGGUCCCCCCCAAGGAGCCCAACGGGCGCCUGAGCCUGAGCCCCGAGGACGAGGAGCACGAGGAAGAGCCCGAGGAGGACACAGAGGCCGUCCCCCCGUCCUUCCCCAACCCGCGGCGGCGGCUGCGGCUGCGGGACCUGGCCGAGCGCGUGGCGGGCGCGGCGCAGAACGAGCAGGAGCUCAACCAGCUGCUCAACGAGGCCCUGCUGGAGAGGGAGAACAUCCAGGCGUGA